AUGACGUCCCAGGCGGUGAGGGUAGCUGUCGCGCUGUCAGGUGGAGUAGACAGUGCCGUCGCUGCGCUUUUCCUAUGUCGUUGCGUAAGUACAUGGCGAGACGUGGAAGCGCUCUGGCGGUCACCGCGUCCCCUCCCAUUAGACACCGUGAUGGACGCCAUCGUGAAGCGGCGGGCAUGGGCAGACAUCACUCAAAGUAGUGCAACAACUCCGAUGCAACAAAACCCUACCACUGCAGUGCAUUACUUCCCUCUCUUCAUGAAAAACUGGGACGAUGUGAGCGAGGACUCUGAUGGCAGUGCGAGUGAUACAUGUGAGAAUGUUGGAGGGAAUCAUCGGCGUAGAUGGUGUGAGGCUGCGGAGCAAGAUUACCACGACGCUGCUGAAGUGGCGCGCUUUGCGGGUUUGCUGUCAGAGAGUGAAGCUCUUCCACUGUUCAACUUUAGCUCCCACUACGUAACGUCGUGUUUUGAUCGAAUGCUGAAUUCUUACGCACGCGGCAACACGCUCAACGUUGAUGUCCUGUGCAAUUCGGAGAUAAAGUUUGGUGCACUUCUUCACGCAUUGCAUACGUCAGGACGAGCCCAAUAUGUCGCAACGGGCCACUACGCGCGUACCAUUUCUCUAGCAGACACCGUAUUUUGUUCAGCUGCGGCAAGUGAGUCGGGGAACGGUAGAUAUACACGUGUCAUUGCACGCCCGUUCACUGCAGGGCAAGACCUCAACGAUCAAACACUGUUUUUGUCACGUCUCUCGCAGCUGCAGCUGUCGAACGUGAUUUUUCCAUUAGGUCAUGUAUUCCAGCGCAAGGCGGAUGUUCGAGUAGUUGCUUCCCAUCUUGGUCUGACACGUGUCAGUGCAAAGAAGACAAGUACGGGGUUGUGCUUUGUAGGUGAACGAUAUAAGCGAAAGUCAGGGAAGGGUGGUGGAUUCGGUGCCUUCCUCACGGAGUACAUGGCAUCGGCUCCAGAAGAGUCCGGUGGAGAAGGUGUUCACGCGGAUGAAGAGACAAAAUAUCUGGAUGCCGAGACGGAGCAAAUAAUAGCGGCUGACCAACUCAACAUUCCAGGAAUUGUAAGAAGGCAAGAUCGGACAUUGCUGCCGGCUCAUUACCUCACAGUUGGACAGCGGAUACGCGGUGCAGCCGGGAAUAGCGGGUCCCCGAGAUGUUACUACGUGCAACGGAAAGAGGUGUCACCCAUCCAUGGGUAUGAGAAGUGUGGGGAAAACUGCUGCAUUCGGUACCUGCGAAAUGUGUGGCUGGUGAAUCGAUGGAACCACCCACUUCUGUAUAACACACUUGUCAAGUUGAGCGAUGUUGUACUUCCACUACGUAUGACGCAGCUGCUGAUGUUGUCUCUGGCAUUCCCACCAUCGAGAUCACCGCGGCAUGGAGAGGAAGGGGAAGAGGUGUGUCUGCGAUGUUCUUGCUGUACACGGCACCAGGACCCUCUGCAUCCGGCAGUGCUACGGUUUCGCGCAUGCGAGGUCCAAGAGUUCGCUGGUGGAACGAGCGUCAACUUCGCAGUCGUUGAGUUUGACACGCCGGUCCGAGCUGCCACCGCCGGGCAGACGCUGGUUGGGUACUGCCCCAUUAAUCCAGUUACGCUGUCUGUGAGCUCCGCUGUGCAUUCUGCUUCGUGGUAUGUGGUAGCCAGUGGUUGGAUUAUUUAG